AUGCAUCCGGGCAUGAGAAGAAGAAGCAGCAGCAGCAGGGCUGCCCAGGGCCGCAGUAUCUGGUCCUGCGGGCCAUGCAUGAUCCUGCUCCUCCUCUCGGUGGUCCUUCCGCCCCGGGGCGCCACAGCCAUGUUCCACGGCUCCGGAAAACGCGACACCGUCCACCGAGUCUUCAAGGUCAAAGUCACUGAGGACGUGAGGAUCUUGACAUCGCCGUCGUCGUCGUCAUUAGUUCAUGUUAUGCGACGACGGCUGCGGUUUCGACGUGCCAGGGCCAAAGUGGUUAUUUUGCUUGUCCCCUUUCACUUCAAGGAGGAUGUUGUCCACAAGACCUGUCCCACAGGCUACUUCCUCUGCCCGGCCUCCAUGAACUACGGAUGCUGCGAGACGGGCAUGGGCUGUGCCGUCAGCUCCUGCUACAGCACCUCGCCCUCGACGACGACCAUCACCUACACCACCACCACAGGGAGCCACGACGCCGCCGUGACCGUGACCACCACCUCCGUCAGCACGCCCACCUCGUCGCCCUCCAGCGUCUCUUCCAGCUCAGGCGACGGCGCAGUGGCCAAGUUCUUCCCCUCCACAGAGCCCAAGCUGGCCGCCUCCUCGAGCAGCAGCGGCGGUGGGUCCUCGUCGUCCGGUGGCCACAGCGGCCUGUCCAAGGGCGCCAUCGGCGGCAUCGUGGCCGGCGCCGCUGUGGUCCUCGUCGCGGUGCUCGUGGCUGCCUUCUGCAUCAUCCGCCAGCUCAAGCGCACCGAAAAGAUCGUCCAGUCGCACAGGGAGACCACGUCGGGCGGGACGCGGCCGCCCAGACGAGACGCCGAGAAGAGGUCCGAGAGCCACGUGCGCAUCGAGCCCACGCCGACAGAAGUGGACCACCUCGAGGACGACCCGCUGAUGAUCAACAACAACACCUCGUCGAGCGCUGCUUCGCCUGGCAGACGGGCGCACCACCAGCAGCACCAGCAUCAGCAGCUUUACAGGCUCGGUGGAGCAGGAGGGGCCAGGUCGAGGAGCGGCUCUGAUGCGCCCAGCCAGCCCAGCGUGUGGAGUGGGCCGUCUGCCGGGAUGAGGGCCACGCCCAGUCUGGCCUCGGAUGUUGGAGAUGGCGGCGGGCGGAACUACUUUGAGCUUCCGCCACGGGAACACGAUCGUCCCGGCGGUGGAGGAGGAGGACGAGGACGAGGAGGAGGAGGAGGAGGAGGAGGAGGGCAGCAUGGCGCUCUGGUCCGGCACAGCAUGGCCAGCACGAUGGACUCGUCGGCCCAGUACGACUAUCACAACUUUGUCUACGCGCCUGCUUACGAAAAUGCUGCACAUGGUCGUCACCCCAGCGAGGCCAGCGAGUUGUCGGCGGGUGCCAGCGACGACUACGGCCCGGCGCCUCGUGGGCCCGGUUCCCCUUCGCCUCGCCACCCGUUCGAGCUCGGCGUGGAUGGCGAGUGGCGGCCCGAGUUGCCUGGUUCCGAUACCGACAAUGACAGCAACAACGGACAUAAAUCUCCACAACCGUACAGACCAAGACGGUCAUCAUCAGCAACAGCGCCGAGCAUCAACAAUCUCGUUUCGCCCAUGUCGGCGAGCACCAUCAACAGGCCUCCCUUGGCACAUGCGAACCGGUCCAGGAGGAGGGGCGCCAGUAAUUCGAGCUCCAUCGACGGGCAGAAAAACAACAACAACAACAACAACAACAACAACAACGGCUUUGGCGGCGGCGGCGGCGGCGGCGGCAGCGGUGCUGCUGGUGCUGCUGGUGCUAUUGGUGCUGUUGGUGGUGGUGGUACAGAGAAGGCAGGCAGUGCGUUGGGGAGCAUUGAGGAGUCCUCUUCUGUGACGGGCACCCGCUCUCUGCAUGGGCAUUAUGGUCCUCCUGUGACGGGUCCCGUGGGCGUGCCUGCUAUAGAUCUGUCAACUAUGCCUGGGUUCGUGCCUGGGUUCAUACCGCUGGAGGGGCAUAGCGAGGUGAGACCCAGCCAGGACGAAUCGGAGAGAUACUGA